AUUCUGUUCGAAGUCAGUGCCUGAGAAAGAAUGAACGCGUGCUUUGCUCGGUUUUUGUAUCGUUUUUUGUUUUGCUUUUGGCAAGGAACUACAACGGACACAACUCCCGCGUAAAAUUCUAAACUCUUGCUGGAAUUUUAUUUUUCCACUGACGCUGGCAACGGCCGUGGAAUAUCAGAUGUGCGAUAGCAGAGGAACAGCAGAACUCGUUGACGCACACACAACACACCCACUAAGUUACAUCUAAUUCUUGGCCAAGAAGAAACAUGACGUGAAGAAAAAAAAUGCCGCAGAAAGUGUUCAAGCAGCAGACAAGCAUCUUUCCCGCUGGCCUCUGACCCGACCGCACCUUUCUGGGAGAACCCUCCCUUUCGAACGCUGUUUGGAAUCCAUAGAACCCGUGGACGAUCCUCCUCACCACCCAUGGCGGCGGUGCGUUGGGCCCUCUGUCGAGGAUGGCUGCUGUAGCAGGCCAUGGAGAUGGUUCUGUAAUAAGUGGGAUGGAUUGCCGCGCGCUCAUAAGUACCUGAUGAGUUCGGGCCUUCACUUAUUUUGGCAUAAAGAAUGACAGAUUUCUGGAUUCCAAAGAAAAAGUUGAACUUUAUCUGAAAUGUUGCUUAUUUAUUUAAUAUUCGGGGACAUUAUUUUGUGCGCUUUCGUAAAAAACUACAGGUAUUCAUUUUCGCUCUAAGUCUUCACUUAUCAAACACCACAUCUCAUUUAGUCAUCAAUGUGCAUUACAAAGAAAAAAAAUAUUUACAAAACUCGAUGCAGUAUUUUUUUUUACUGAAUCCUUACUAGUCAUUCUGUGUAUUCGAAACAACGCACUUGCAGGCAUAAACACUGGAGCUCAAUUUGCGCUUCAGUGCCAAUGUGUUCACUCUCCUGCAGACUUGCUGUCCGAAAGAUAAGCCUUGAUACAAGGAAUCCUUAGAGUACAAUGCACAAACUUAGUAAAGCUUCAGAGACGAAUUAUAAAAGGAAGCCUUAGAAAGAGACAAAAGGUUACGCGCGUGCAUCGGCGCUUUUCGGUGGAACGCAUAUAAAGACAAACGUGCGAUUCACUUAAGUAUCCACGUCGUGACUUUUAUGAAACGUGAUCUAAUCUGCCUUUGCAGAGUUUUUAUCCAACUGGAGUAUCAGCUCGUGGUUUUGAUGUGUUUAUAUCCAGGUUUUUAACCUCCACGAGAGAAAGUUGCGACGUUAAAGCGCAGUGUGCAAAAAUUUGGAAACAAUAAGUUUUCAGCAGAGGAAAUAUUUUCGUUAGAUGUGUGAUAAAAAAUAUUUAAUAAUGUUCUGUCUGGUUACAUUUGAGUUUAACAGCUGGUUGAGGAACAAAACUUGUGAAUUUAUGCUCCAAAAGAUGACUUUUUUUUCCUCAAAUAUGUCCCAUUGCGUCUAAAUGUUUCAUCAUGUCAUCAGCUAGCGUCGAGCCAUCUACUUCACCAACACCAUCAAGCCAUAAACUAAAUGGUGGCAUCAACCAAAGACUUAACAUAAGUAGCCUCCUUGCACCACCACCAGGGAAGCAUUUGCAUGGCAGCUCUGCCAUGACAUCACCUGUUGCUGUGAUAGGACAACACAGCUCAACCCCAGUGCAUGGACAAGGAUCCAACACCACACGUCCUCCUUCAUCGAGCGGCGUGGCAAAUAUUACCUUAAACAGCAAUGCAACGACGAAACCUCUUCUGGAUAUAUCCAGGACAUCCAUUCAUCCAGGUUCGGUGUUCGAAACUUCGAGAAGAACUCCAAACGUUACUCUUAAGGACGUGACAGAAUCUGAAGACGACAGUCGGAGUGGGAUUUAUCAGAUGCUAACUUCCCUCGCGUUGCUUUGUAUUCUGAGUCUUCUGAUGUCCUUUCUGGCGCUGAAUUUCUUGCAGAAACUUGGACCUAUGAUGAGUGUUGUGCAGACACUAGAUUCGAAUUCGGUGGAUAAAUCUGCUGCAAAAUCGGUUGCUGCAAGUAAAGCUCCACCCAAAAAAAUUGUGGUAACGUCCGAAGAGUAUAUGACAGUUUACCAAGUUUCGGUGGCGCUUAGUACUUUAACAAUAUCUUUGGAUUUGUGUUGCCUUUUCGUCUGUUGUAUACAGUUCCUCUUUGCCAUCAAGUUGAUGAAGACACCCCAAGGGGAUGAACGGUAA